AAUUCGACUCAGCCGCUUGGGCUGUGUACCUUCGUUUAACGACAAUUCCUCGAAACCACUCUCGUUACCUCAACACCAUGCGCUUUGCCGAGUUGUAGUUACCGUUUUCAAAUUAGGUUGAAACUUUGUUUUCCCUUCGUAUCCGCUCGUUUGGGUCUCGACCCCCUUGGCGCUCAACACCCUCGUCGAGUUUCGUAUGGAUUCGAUGUUUGCGCGCACCGCGAGACUGCCAUAAUCACCCAACGGUCAACAAUUAUCCGUACGAAAGUCGAGUGUGGUCAGCGUUGCCCACGUUUACCCACCCGAGUCCCAACUCGAGCUCCCGACGCGCGCCCUCGCAACAUCCUCCCAUGGGUAAGAAGUGGCGAUGGGGCGUCAUCCUAGACGCCGGCUCGUCUGGAACUCGGCUACACAUUUACAAAUGGAAGGAUCCGAAGAAGUCGCUCAAAGGCGCGUCGCAGGAGGAGUUGCGCAAUCUACCAAAGCUUGUGACAGAGAAGAAGUGGACCAAGAAGAUCAGACCCGGUGUCUCGACGUUCGGUGACAAUGUGGAGGAUGUCGGACCAGAGCACCUACAGCUUCUCCUUGACCACGCGUUAGAUAUUAUUCCCGCGGACAAGAUUCAAGACACGCCCAUAUUUCUCAUGGCGACCGCCGGGAUGCGACUACUCCCGCAAGGCCAACAGUCAGCGUUGACGGGCGAAAUCUGCUCCUAUCUCCGACGAAAUACCCAGUUUUCGCUACCCGACUGCGACCUGCACAUUCAAGUCAUCAAGGGCGAAACGGAAGGACUGUACGGCUGGAUCGCGUCGAACUAUCUCUUGGGCGGGUUCGACCACCCUGACAACCACCAACACGGCAAGGGCCACCACACUUAUGGGUUUCUGGAUAUGGGCGGCGCAUCGGCGCAGAUCGCUUUUGCGCCGAACGCGACUGAGGCCGAGAAGCACGCAGACGAUCUCAAGCUCCUACGGUUGCGCACUCUCGAUGGGUAUCCGGCUGAAUACAAGGUCUUCACCACGACCUGGCUAGGCUUUGGCGUCAACCAAGCGCGGGAGUCCUAUAUCAAGAACCUUGAGGACCGGUACGCGGAGACCGAAGCUGAACUGCCCGAUCCAUGUCUACCGAAAGGGUUACGAACAACUCUGCGUGGAGACUUAAUCAGCAAGCGGCAACGAGGCACACCCACCCUAAUUGGCACCGGGCAUUUCGACGAGUGCCUACAACUGACCCACCCGCUACUCGGCAAGGACAAGCCAUGCGAUGACAACCCCUGUUUGCUGAACGGCCAACAUGUUCCGGCCAUCGACUUUGAUGUGAAUCAUUUCGUCGGCGUGUCGGAGUACUGGCAUACGACGCACGGGGUUUUUGGCGGGAAGGACGACAAGGCGUACGACUUUGCGACCUAUCAACAGAGGGUUAAGGACUUCUGCGGGCAGGAUUGGAAUCAGAUCAAUGCCAAGAUCAACAGUCGGAAAAAGGAUCAGGGGAAGAUUGCCCAGGAGGCGUGCUUCAAAGCUUCCUGGCUGAUCAAUGUCCUCCAUGAAGGGAUUGGCGUUCCCCGAGUUGGACUUGAAGAACUCACGACGGCAAAUAUCUCUCAAGGCGCGCUCGAGCACGCCAAGGAGAAGGGAUUCCUCGACCCAUUUCAGCCAGUCGACAAGAUCAACGGCAUUGAAGUAAGCUGGACGCUGGGGAAGAUGGUCCUCUACGCCGCCGGGCAAGUACCGCCAGCCACCCGUGAUGACAGGCAUCCCGUAGGCUUUGGAACCAACGUCGUGGGAACCCCUCCCGACUUCCAGUUUGCCGGGUCCAGCUGGAAAUCCAUGGGCAACCAGACAAGCGACGACGACGACUGGGACCUCGACGCCGAAGACAUCCUCGACAAGGCCAAGUCCAGGCCCAUAACCGGCUUCUUUGCCUUCGUCGCCCUCCUCCUCCUCCUCCUCUACUUUUUCCGCAAGCGUGACUUGCGCAUGCGCCUCUACAGCCGCGUCAAUUCGAUUCUGCGCCGGCCCCGCAGGCCAGGGAAUAACGGGCGCAAGGGCAGCGGCGGGGCGCGCGGCCUAUCCGGGCUGGCGACCAAGAUCUUCCGGGGCGCGCGGCGGCCGUCGGGCGGCGCGACGUACGAGCGCGUCAUGGAGGAGGGCGAGGCCAGCCAGUUCGAGCUGGGCGACGUCGACUCGGACGACGCCAACGAGUACUCGGACUCGAGCGACGCGCUGUCGUCGAGCUCCAAGUCGGCGGCGUCGUCCAGGCGGUUCGGCCACUCGUCCGGGCUGGCUACCCCGCAGGUUGUCAACCAUCAUUACCACCACGGCUUGGCAUCGCCGACCGUGUCGGCGCUGGACCGCAGCGGGCUGGUCGUGCGCACCGAGAGCCGCGAGCGGCUGACGCUGCCGCCGCACCUGGCGCUGUCCGGCGUCGGCAGGAGGAGUAGGGCGGGCAGCCCGACGAGAAUGAAGAGCCCUUUGAUGUCGCCGCUGCAGGAGACAUAGGGUUGUCGGAAUGUACGGCUGGUGUGUGUGUGGAAGGAUACUGUUGCUGCUGUUGUGUGAGAGGUUAUGUUUUUAGUAUUGUUCUGCUUCUUCUGUCGGUGUGGAUUGUUUGGCGUGGUUGACUAAAACUUUUAGUAUUGUUUGUCUUCUUCUGUGCAGGGUACAGCAGGCAUAGCAGGCGGGAGUAGGAGUAUGGUUUCUUCUUCUGGGACGGCGAAGACCGGCUGUCAUUUCCGGACUCAACUUGGCGUCAUAUGGGGUUCGUUGCCGGUCGACUUGCGACGAAGGUUUUUGUAUCCGCGUCUGACGAGGUUACGGUUACUAUGAUACAUGUCUAGAGAAUACACUCCAUGACAACUCUUUUGUUUUUCUCCCUGCCCGCCAGUGCUCCCUUCCCCUCCUCCCAUCUGUAGAUGAAAUCAGCCCAAGAUAAACAUCCUGAGCUCCCUUUCCGACCCUUUCCCUCCCUUUCACCUUUCAAACCC